AUGUACUAUGUGCUGUUUGAGUGCGAUGUCGCGCAUAAGGAGGACACACCGAAAGACCACGCGCGAGUGAGCAAGAUCUACUACCAGCUGAUUCAUGAGCCCGAGCUACUACCAUUGUACGCCGACGCGCGAGAAAUUGAGGUGGGCGGCGGCGGCGUGCAGAUGGCAACAGGGCAGCUGGAGGCCGCUUUGCAGGAAGCCACGGCCAGCGAGCCGUUCGUGCUGUGCUCUCUCCACUCGACAUGGCACCUUCGCGUUACCCUCCCACGUCAGGCACACGACGAGGGCAGCAUGCUGCCCAUGUUCCUGGCCCAUGCCAAGGUCUUUGAUCUAUGGAAAGAGUGCGAUAGGUGGUGCGCUAAUCAUGUGUCGGAGCGGGCCUGCAACGCUGGCGCCAAAGGCGACGUUGCGGAGCUGUUCCGUGUGUUAGAUUUGGAUGAACAACUGGUUUCACAUGCCUACAUUCAGCAGGCGACUCGAGUGCUUCUGCAGCUGCACAAUAAGUGCACUACGGCGGAGGACCAGUCUUUGGUGCUAACGCAUCCAUAUGACUCUUAUGCAGAUAUGACAAGUUUUAUUCAGGAGCGGUCCGAAGUGCUGUAUAUGAACAACCUACCGCCAGAUACGACGCAAUCUGAGCUGGAGUCAUGGUUCACACAGUUCGGUGCCAGGCCCGUGGGCUUUUGGACGGUCAAGAAUGUGGUGGAAGACACUUCGAACGUUAACAACAAUUGGUCCUCCAAUAACUCUCGGUAUGUGGAGGAGCACGACAGCAUUUCAGGAUUUGUAGUAUUCCAAUCGCACGAGGCUGCUAGCGAGGCAUUGAACCUAAAUGGGCGCUCGAUCCUGUCAAAUAUGGCCAAUACCAAGCAGCCGCGUGUUGUAGAGCAUGUGGUUGAACUCAAACCCUCAAGCAGCCGGGUUUUGGACUGUGCACAGGAGAUAUUGUCUCCAUUUCCACAGUCCAAGAACAAGCCCAGGCCGGGGGACUGGAAUUGUCCCUCUUGUGGUUUUUCUAACUUCCAACGGCGCAUUGCAUGCUUCCGGUGCUCCUUCCCAGCCACUAGUGCAGUGACGGUCAGCAAGCUGUACAAGCCACAGCAGCAACGCCAUUAUCAGAACCCACACCACGUCCCAUCGAAACAACAGGUGCAGCACCCGCAGAUUCACGACCAAGACACACAGCAGCAUUCUCAACAUUUCAACAUCCAGCAGAUGCCGCAGCAACUCCAAAUGCAACAGCAAGCGCACGGUACCGUUCAAGGGGGCAGUAGCAUGCAGCAGUACAAGCACAGGCCUCAGCACGGCUUACAGGCGUAUCUUGGCUGCUACCAACAGCAGCAGGCGAAGUCACAGCAGCAGUACCAGAUGAAUCAGCAACAGGUGCAGAUGAUCGCUGGCGACGCCCAGAGACGGUAUAACCGGUACAACAAAAUGGUGCAGGGCAACGGGCAGAACGGUAAUUCUUGUAACGGAAAUGGCUCCCUGGGCAGUAGCAACGUGCCCUUCAGAGCUGGCGACUGGAAGUGCUUGAACUGUUCUUACCAUAAUUUUGCCAAGAAUAUUGUUUGUCUGCGUUGUGGUAAUCCAAAGACGGCCAAUGAAGACGAGACGCAAGCUUCUCUUCAGGGCCUACACAGCUCUUCUGGCCCCGUAGGCGCCCAGGAUAGCGCUAUCAGCUCUGUAACUGUUUCGAUCGACAGGCGGUCGAAGAAUGAGCUAAGUAAUAUGCGGAAUGGAUCUAACAGUAGUAAUAGUGGCAACGGUAAUAAUGACAGCAGUACCAAUGACCACAACGGUUAUCCUCAACAAUCACACCAUAAUGGCGCAGGCGGUAGCAAUACUCAUUGGAAUGCUGGUCCCUUGGGAGGGACUGUUAAUAUUUAG